AGGGAGGGGGAGGGCGUCGGGGGGGUGGGGGGAGGCGUUCCGGUCUCGGGGAGACCCGCGGCGGGAGGCGGAGGCUGCGAGGGACUCCGGGAAGCCAUGGACGUCGAGAGGCUGCAGGAGGCGCUGAAAGAUUUUGAGAAGAGGGGGAAAAAGGAAGUUUGUCCUGUCCUGGAUCAGUUUCUUUGUCAUGUAGCCAAGACUGGAGAAACAAUGAUUCAGUGGUCCCAAUUUAAAGGCUAUUUUAUUUUCAAACUGGAGAAAGUGAUGGAUGAUUUCAGAACUUCAGCUCCUGAACCAAGAGGCCCUCCCAACCCUAAUGUCGAAUAUAUUCCCUUUGAUGAAAUGAAGGAAAGAAUACUGAAAAUUGUCACUGGAUUUAAUGGUAUCCCAUUUACUAUUCAGCGACUCUGUGAACUGCUAACAGAUCCAAGGAGAAACUAUACAGGAACAGACAAAUUUCUCAGAGGAGUAGAAAAGAAUGUGAUGGUUGUUAGCUGUGUUUAUCCUUCUUCAGAGAAAAACAAUUCCAAUAGUUUAAAUCGAAUGAAUGGUGUCAUGUUUCCUGGAAAUUCACCAAGUUAUACUGAGAGGUCUAAUAUAAAUGGGCCUGGAACACCCAGGCCACUUAAUCGACCGAAGGUUCCUUUGUCAGCCCCCAUGACGACAAAUGGUUUGCCUGAGAACACAGACAGCAAAGAGUCAAACCUACAGCAAAAUGAGGACAAAAAUCACAGUGACUCUCCGACGUCUGAAUCAGAAGGUUCCUCGGUGAGCCCUAUAAAAAAUAAACACCCAGAUGAAGAUGCUGUGGAAGCUGAGGGGCGUGAGGUGAAAAGACUCAGAUUUGACAAGGAAGGUGAAGGAAGAGAGACAGCCAGUCAGACAGCUUCCGGUGAAGUUUCUUCAGUUAGGGUGGAAGAGACAGAAACAUCACCUUCAUCUCAGGAUAAAGACAAAGAAAGUAGCCGUGCCAGACAGCACUGUACGGAAGAGGAUGAAGACGAGGAUGAAGAGGAGGAAGAAGAGUCUUUUAUGACAUCAAGAGAAAUGGUCCCAGAAAGAAAAAAUCAAGAAAAAGAAUCUGAUGAUGCCUUAACUGUGAAUGAAGAGACUUCUGAGGAAAAUAAUCAAAUGGAGGAAUCUGAUCUGUCUCAAGCUGAGAAAGAUUUACAUUCUGAAGGUAGUGGAAAUACAGGCCCUGUAAGUAGUGGUUCUGACUGCCAUGAAACAGGACCGUUAGUAGGGUCCAGUUCCAGUAAAACUGGAGAGGUUCUCUCAGAGUCGUUCAUGGAAAAUGAGGAAGCCACAGAAGUCACAGAUGAACCCAUGGAACAAGACUAACUAUUUAGAAACGUUUAGAUGCAGUAUUUUACAUACAGUUCUGGUUUUACACUGUAUAAGAAAAACUUUUAUGUAAUAAAGUGGACCUUUAGUUUUACAGGAGAAGCAGGUUGUAAAAUUAAGUACUUUAUGGUAUAAAUCCUGAAAGAGUUGUACAUGUAAGAACUGUGAAUAUCAGCUCCUCUGGGUCCUGCUUACCGCUGACUUUUUUUGGUCUGGUCAAAUCAGUGGUUUGUGUAUAGAUUUUUCUUUUUUUAAUUUAGAAUUAAAGUUUUUAAACUGGAAGGUAAUAAUUAUAAUUUUGAAAACCUUUUGGAAAUUAUCACAUUUAGUUUAUACAUAUGCAAGAAGGCUUUUUGUCUUGUCUCUUUCUGACAGCUCUAGCAGUUUUCAUGUUUUGGUCACAGUUUCAACAUUUUAACGUGUGAAUUAAUAGGGUUUCAUGUUGGUUUCCAGAUUUUAUUGUUUGACUUUGUACAAUGGAACUUUAAGUCAUAUAUACGUACAUACAUACAUAUAUAUACACACACACACACACACAUAUAUACAUAUAUAUAUAUUAUUCUAAGGGGGGAAAUGUUAUAUUUUUCUGUUUCUAUAAAGAGAUGAAUACAGUGGAUACUUUUUUAUUGGUAAUGAUUGAGUUCACCUCUUUCAGAAGACAGUUUUCUUUCUCUUCUGAGUAAUUCAGAUAAAAUCUGGCCCUUGUGAAACCCUGGAAAUCUUAAGUCUGUUGAAAAUACCAGGUUAAACACAUUCCAAGAGAUCUGUUCAAACUAAAAUUCUUUUGUAUACUUCUGAGGUGCCUGAGAAAAAGACUUCAUUAUUUAUGAGAAAAUGUGCUUUAUCUUGGAAAUUGUGUUCAAACAUUAGCUUACUGUUUUGUAGGAUGAAUGCUUACGAAGCUGACAUAAGACCAUCUCAGAAGAACCGGACAGGUUCCUUGACCUUUUGCUUGCUUUUCUUAACAUUGUGAAUAUUACGCAUUUCUUUCUAAAUUAUUCUAGAGUAUGCAAAUGCCAAUGGUAUGAGACACCACUGUACUGGAAGAAUUAAUAUAUUACUUUAGUAAUGUACCUGGGCUAAAUGACUAAAGCUUUAGGGGUACAUAGAAACCAACACAAUUUGUAUGACAUUUUGAAGUGAAUUAAAUAUUUUUGAACAUGCUUCUUGGACAGCCAGUGUUAUAUUUUUCAAAUGAACACAAAGCACAAUGAUUACUCUAAACUCAAUAUUUUCAAAUUCACAUAUUUAAAGUCAUGCAAGCUGCAACUUCCCUGUCAAAAAUUACUGGCUGCCAAAUUUAUACCUGUUUCUUCAGCUGUACCUUUUGAUAUUUAGAAUUUUUAAAUUUCUGUAAAGUAGAUUUUGUAGACUGUAAUGUGUUCACUGCCUUUGUGAAGCGGUAUAUAAUUGUAUAAUUUCUGUGUGUAAACUGAAUGCUUGGGCUUUCAAUACAGUAUUCAUAUAAAGCAAUAAAUAUUAAUGUUAUGAAAUAUUUGAGUACAUUUUUAUCAAAAUAUAGAAGAUUCUUUUGUUUUUGUUUUUUAGUUUCAGAUACCUGAAGUACACAGAUGAACUUAUAAAACUGAUGCAAACAGUUUCUGACACUGUAUCAUAUGCUGGGGUGAUUGAGGGGCAAACACAAGUGUUGCAUUUUGACUACUUCAAUUCCUGUGACUAAGAAAUACCAAACUGAUGGGGCUCCGCUUGUGUUUAUAGGGUAAUGUACUACUGACUGACUUGACUGUCAGGUUCACAGCAGCUAGAUGAAACCUUUCUGAAUACGUCUAGUAGUGGAAAUGGAAACUGCAUAUUGAUUUACUGUACCCAAGAGAGAUGAAAAAUCAAACAUUGUAAUUUUUUUUAAUUUUUGCAAAAAUGUUAAGAUGAAGCAAAUUUUAAAUGUGACUUUCAUUUUUAGUGACCUGUCACUUUAUUUUGUUGAGGGAUAUUUUGCCAAUGAGAACAGAUUUUAAACAUUUUAAGUUUAGAAAUUUUGAAAUUUUCUUUAGACUAUUUAUGAAAUUAUUGUCAAUAAACCUAUUCUUUAUGAUUCUGAGACCUUUUGAUAUUUUUUAUUUUAAUUGUAGUGCCAUGGACCAUUUGUGAACAAACCAAUAUUGACUUUUGUUGGUUUUAAGUUGAAGAUUUAGCAUCAUGAGUUUGAGGUCUGUGGUUUUAUUUGUAAACUUGCAAUUACGAUUUUUGCAAGGGCAAAUGUAUUUCUUUAUUAAAUAAAGUAAAAUAAUGGUGAAAUGUACCAAAAUACCAUCACUUAACUCUAUGAGAGAUCUGCAUUUUAAUCUAUAGUUUACUAUUUAUUAGAUAUUCAUAUGUUGAUCAUAGAUCAAACUUAUUGUUGUUUAUACAGAUAGUUGUUGAAUGCUCAUGGAAUAUCUUUUUUAGGAUAGGUGGGAUAUCUCUGUAGUUAAACUGGGAAACCUUGUUCAACUGGUUUAAGGUAUUGAUGGCCAUUUGGAAGUAAAUUUCCUCAAGUAUGCAUAGGUGCACUUACACAGACUUUGCUUAAGGAAAAUGUCAGUUCUAGUAGUAACUGACUCUUGUGAAUCUUUGAAAGGCUAAUUUUAGGCACAUGUUCUUAAUAUGGAAACCCUGGUGGCGUAGUGGUUAAGUGCUGUGGCUGCUGACCAAGCGGUUAGCCGUUUGAAUCCGCCAGGUGCUCCUUGGAAACUCUCUUGGGCAGUUCUACUCUGUCCUGUGGGGUCGCUAUGAGUCAGAAUCGACUCGACAGCAGUGGAUAUUUGGUUUGGUCCUUAAUGUACAUCAAGCAAAGUCAUUAAAAGAUCUAAAUGAAGAAUAAGGACCUCAGUGAUUAAAAUAUUAUUUUUUGGCCUUGAACAGAUUGUUUACCUGUUAGACUCUAGACUCUGAACCCAAAAUGUAAAAAUAAUUUCAAGUUGUUGAUGAGGAAAGCAAGAGUAUAUAUUUAAUGUGUUUUUAGCACUUUUUCUUUAAAAAAAGUAAAAGCAAAUUGUCCUAGUAUGCUUUUGAAAAUAGAUCUUUUCAAUUCUGAAAACGUAGCAGCACUGAAAAAGUAGUGGAAAUGUCAUUUUCAAUGUUGAUUAUUAGAUAAGUUUAAUUCGAUUUGGGGUUAUCUUAACUAUACCUUUCAAAAGUGUGGGCCGAACAGUAGAGUUACCAGUCAGGGAACCAUGACCUUUUUGUUUUGAAAAGGGGUCCCGGAAAUCCUGGGUCAGAAAGCAUGGCCUGUUAACACACUGAGGUUCAGAGUGCUUUGUUUUGCUGGUGUAGAUAGGCAUGUGUUUAUGCAUUUUUGCAUUUGUAAAAUCAGACAGCAAUUUUUCAAAUAAUGUAAAUGUAAUAUACUAGUUUACUUAUAAAGGUACUUGGGCAGAAUCUAAUGCUGCUAAAAUGUUUGAUUAUGAAAAAUGUAACUCGUGGUAAGGAUGAAUUUUGCAACUUGUAUAGAACCAAAGGAAAUAAAAAUUUGGGGUAGUGUUUCAAA